AUGAUGCUGGCUGUAACAGUUCCAAGGGACAGUGUUCUCAGAAAAACUCCACAGUGGCUCUUAUGUUCUGCAGGAACUAAUCACUGUACAAGCUGUCUGUGUGCCUUGCCCCAUUGGGAAAUAGUAUUUUCAAUCCACUCUCAGAUCACAGUCUGUCUCCAAGAGCCCAGAUCCGCAGCGGAGCUCUUCCCUGAACUGCUCCCACAGCAACGGGGCUGGGCAGAAAAGCGCUUGGCUUUGCCCUGGGCGCUGUCAGCGCUCACAAAAUCACCACACCACGGCGCCGUCGCCUCGCAGGACAGGCACCGAGCCCAGCGCCACACCACCCCCGGGGCAGAGCCAAGUUGGAAACGUCCCUGCUCUCCAAUCAGCUGGGCCAGGACAAAAAGAUUUCCCCAAUCCGCCCCUUCCAAGAGCACACCCUUCUUCACAGCACACUCAAAGAGCAGCACAAACUGCUUUGCCCUAACCGAGCUUUUUGCUCUCACAGAGUCUGGCCACAACAUUGAAAACAUCUGGCAAAAACAGAGCUCGCUGAGAAAGCUGCUAGCUGUGAAGGCUCUUGCUGCCUACAACUUCAAGUGCGCCCAUCGAUUUACCAGGUCACACCCUGCUAUCAGCACUUUCCUUCUCAGCUCCAGGUACCAUCCUAUGCCUUCAGUCUCCCAGAGUCAGGAUCCAAACAGAAUGGCACCAGGGACCGCUCACAUACUAAAGGUACCAGGACAAAAAGCUCAGCAGAAGCAUCUGGGUCUCAUGGCACACUUCUCAUCCAGCAGGGGCUAGAGCCCAGGCCUUAGCUGGGAGGGUUUCCCCUAACAUAUCCUACAAGCAAGCCUAUUCGUGUUGGUUGUGCAAAUUUCUUAGAAUGAUACAUUUCUUGCAGAUAACUACACAAGGUUAUGUGAAAGUUUCUAAAGCAGCCAGUACGGUGUGAAACAGCUGGUAGAAGUGUCUCAGUCAUCUAUUUUUAGCUAAAUAAUACUGAUGGUGUCAGUCACAUAAUGCCCAGGUUUCAUCUGUUAAGUCAACUCUGCCUGAGGCCUGAGCAUCAGCACAUCUGAGUCACUUGGUUUGUUCAGCCUGGAAAAUGGGAGAUUGAAGGGGAGACCUCACUGAGGCCUUCAAUAUCCUCUUGAGGGGCAUUGGGGGGGCAGGUUCUGAUCUCUUCACUCUCAUGACCAGUAACAAGGCCCGAGGGACUGGCUGGAGCUGUCAGGGAGGAUUAGGUCAGGUAUCAGGAGAAGGUUCUUACCCCAAAGGCUGGUCAGGCACUGAACAGGCUCCCCAGGGCAGUGGUCACAGUACCAAGCCUGUCUGUAUUCAAGAAGUGUUUGGACAACACUCAGGCACAGGGGGCAUUCCUGGGGUGUCCUCUACAGGGCCAGGAGUUGGACUUCACGAUGCUGAUGGGUCCUUCAACUCAGGAUAUUCUGUGAUUCUAUGUGCACUGAGUGAUUAUCUCAAGCUGGUUUGCACUGGCACUCAGAGCUUGUCUAUAAUUGCUUCCAAUUUAUGUCUGCAGUCAACCCCAGGGCAUUGACAGACUGAUCAAACACAAAGGGUUUGAGGAAAAUGCUCCUUUUGAGGUGACAGUGUCCAAGGCCAGGUUGGAUGGGGCCCUGAGCAACCUGAUUCGGUGAGUGGCAUCCCUUCCUACGGGAGCAAUUGGAACCAUGUGAUCUUGAGGGACCCUUCCAACCCAAGCCUUUCUAGAAUUCCAUGAUUAUUUUGUGGGUCACUCAGAACAGAUGAGAUCCACCAAAUACUGAAA